UAUAUAGGAGGAUCUGGGUGGGACUGAGAGUAAUUCACUUGACGUCUCCACUUGUCCCAGGAUGGUUGCUGUCUCUUUGGUUUCUACCUGAUUACUGGAUACAUGCUCUGCGAACACUGCUGGUUUCCUUAAAGAUUUGCAUUCUCUAGCUCCAGUCCUCGGCCACCAUGACCAGCUCCAAGCAGCGCCUCAUCCAGGGCAUGCAUCAGGACCUUAGUUGCCCCAUCUGCCUGAAGCUGUUCCAGUCCCCUGUGACAACAGAAUGCGGACACACCUUCUGCAUGGAUUGCCUUGGUCAGGCAUCCAAGGACGAGGAUGGCAAGGCCACUUCAUGCCCCGUCUGCCAGGCUGGCACCAAGGUGGAGCAGCUGUGCAUCAACAAGCAAAUGGAGAACCUGGUGCAAAGCUUCAAGCAGGUCCCCCAAGACCACUGUGAGGAGCAUCUUGACCCACUGAGUGUUUACUGUGAGCAGGACCAGCAGGUCAUCUGUGGUGUGUGUGCUUCCCUGGGCAAACACAGGGGUCACAACAUCAUCACUGCCGCUGAGGCCCACCAGAGGAUGAAGAAGCAACUUCCUCAGCAACAGGUCCAACUUCAAGAGGCUCAAGUGCGUAAAGAGAAGACAAUUGCUCUGCUGAACCGCCAAAUAGCAGAAGUGGAGGACACAGUGUCUCGGUUCAAGCAGCAAGUAUCAGAGCAACUAGGAGUGAUGCGUGCCUAUCUGGGGGCGCUGGAGGCAUCUCUGGGCCGAGAGGCUGAGCGCGUGCAGCACCAAGCCAGUGAUGCCUUGCAAAACGAGCGCAAGACCAUGACCCGCUACUUGGAGCAGCUCAGGCAGAUGGAGACGGUGCUUGGGGAGGUGCAUGACAAGCCACAGACUGAAUUUCUCAGGCAAUACUGCCUGGUUGCCAGCAGACUGCAGAAGAUCCUUGGAGAAUCCCCACCUAUUGCCCGCAUGGACAUCCAGCUCCCCAUUAUUUCAGAUGAGUUCAAGUUCCAGGUGUGGAGGAAGAUGUACCGUGCACUGAUGCCAGCCUUGGAGAACCUGACCUUUGACCCAGACACUGCCCAGGCCAACCUGUUGGUCUCCGAGGACGGCAAGCGUGUAGAGUGCGUGGAGCACAAGCAGGCCGUGAGCGUGGAUGACCCCCAGCGCUUCGACAAAGCCAACUGUGUGGUGUCGUGCCAGAGCUUCUCUCAAGGAGAGCAUUACUGGGAAGUGACCGUGGGCGACAAGCCCCGCUGGACUCUGGGAGUCAUCUCGGCUGAGACGGGGCGCAAGGGCCGCCUGAACCCGCUCCCAUCCAACGGCUUCUGGGUGUUGGGCUUCAAGGACGGCAAGAGCUACGAGGCCCACGUGGAACACAAGGAGCCACGAGCACUGAAGCUGGAGGAGAAGGCCACCCGCAUUGGCAUCUAUCUCAGCUUUGAUGAUGGUAUCCUGGCCUUCUAUGAUGCCAGUGAUGAAGACAACCUGGUGCAGAUUUUUGCCUUCCGCGAGCGCUUUACAGGCAACCUCUACCCUUUCUUUGACCCUUGCUGGCAUGAUAAGGGCAAAAACAGCCAACCUUUGGUUAUCUACACUCCUGAGCCAGAAAAGUAAUCAGUCCCUGACCUGGGAGGGGGAAAGAGUUCACAGUCACAUAUAAUUGUAUUGAUCUGGGGGAGCAACCACAAUCUUCAGACUACAUGUGGACCCUAGCACUGUUUGAUGGCACCAGGGUUUGGGGGAUUGUUGA